ACUGCACCUUGCAAGACUGCAUCCUUUCCUGGUCUUUACAUAGGAAAUCUGCACAAUCCAGGCACUCCAGAGGAAAAAAAAACUUAAAAGCACACAAAUGGAAGCUGAAGAAAAUGGCUCUGUCCAGAUCCCCUCAGACCAGAGAGGCUAAACCGGAGGGGAUUGCUGGAGUGGCACACUUACAGUUGGCUGAAGAAGAAAGAUGAUGGAGAAAUUCGAGUCCUGUCCUUCCCCAGGUACCGGAGACUCCCGGAGUCCCGUGAAGACUGAGCCGGGACGAAUUAGCGAGUCCCCGACUAACGAGGGAGAUGCAAGGCAAAUCACGGCCCAAGCUGCUUCUGACUCUACCCCCAGGGACCGCACUCAGUCAGGCAAGCAAGACACGUUGGAGCCCGUUUCCACGGAAACCCCUUUGAGCUCCUCAGGAAGCUUGCCGCUGGAGGUACCAGUGAUCAGCCUGGGUCACAGCAAGCUCCACCCAGGUGCGGAGAGCCCCCAGGUUAAUGGAGGGGUCAGGAUGGUGCAGACCACUGAACUGACGACCCUGCACCCCAUCCCAUCCCUCGUCCAGUGCUCCGAUAGCAGGAUGGUGCAACUCUCCAACCACCCAGUGGGGUCCCUGCCAAUUCACGGCCCUCUCCUCGCCACCCAGUACCGGCCUCACAGCCUCAUCAACAGUGCAUAUAUUGGAGCCAGCACUUUCGGCAUGUUCCCAGCUAACAGGAUCAAGAGAAGGCUUUCAAGCCAUUAUGAAAUGGAGGUGCAUGAUGGGCCUCCCCAGAAAGUGGUGCGCCGCAUGUUCACCAACAGCCGAGAGCGCUGGAGACAGCAGAAUGUCAACGGGGCCUUCUCGGAUCUGCGCAAGCUCAUCCCGACCCACCCCCCCGACAAGAAGCUCAGCAAGAACGAGAUCCUGAGGCUGGCCAUGAAGUACAUCAACUUCCUGGUGAAGCUGCUCAAUGACCAGGCGGUGCAGGAGGAGCCCGAGGCGAAACUCCGACCUCCCCUCAGGAAGAACGGUAUGUGCGGUUCCCACAGCCCAGACUCUCCCCACCAGGACACGGCGACAGACGGAGCGCCCGCUCCCGAAUCCUUAACCAUUCCCCAAAAGUUGGGCCUGAUAGCGAUGCCAGCCUUGGCCCUGAGGAGGCAACUUUCAUCAGUCACCACCGCAACCACCUCACCUUCGUCCAGUUGUUAUGGCGACGGAGGGAGCCCAAACACUGAGGAGGAGGAUCAGGAACAUUUGAUAAAGACAGAGCCAGAAACGCAGGAGCCGACUCUGGUCUCCACAUUGGCCACAGCUCAUCGAUGAUGAACGGGAAUGGGCAAGGGACAACAAGAAAGAGAGAAAGGGAAAGUCAAGCCCAGACUGCAAUUCCCGCCAUUGGUUCAUUCCUGCUUGGACUGGGUUCGGAGAGCAUUCCGAGUUGAACGUUUAAUGUCAAGGUGGAGAACUGGAAGGUAGCUUUAAUUCCCACCCUGAGUGGCGCAUCAGCGAAGCCUAUCUUUGUCAAUCCAGAGGCCUGUUCUUUCGAGUGACCCAGUCAAUAACGACCAGGCGAGGACCCAACACACGAGGCCUGGGGCAACAUGGAGAGUGUUGAUUCUAAGACAAUGCCGUGUGUUUUGUUGACAAAGUCUCUUCUGUGAAGGUGAAACCAUUUAGCCGAAAGGUAAAAUGUUCCAGUGUGUCAGGAAGAGCACUUGGCGUGGUGCCCUGUCCAUUAACACAUGGAGGAUAUUAGGUCAUUGCAAGUGUGAUAUUGUAUGACAGACCACAAAUAUGUGAUGGCAUGAGGAGUUUGGUUGGUGGAAAACCUCAUUUGCCUCCCCUCUCCCACCACCUUGAGUUGCAGGGGGUAGUUUCCCUGCCUCUGAGUCAGUAGCCCUGGGUUCGACCAACUUGAGGACUUGAUAAUGCGGCCAAACAAGUAUAGAACUGCAGGUUUUUCCAGCUGACACCAGCAGUGGGCGCUAAGGACAGGCGAGAUUCCUGGUCAGCCAUAGGACAGGAAGAAACUGAGCAUCACCAUCGAGGUGGUAACAUGCUUACAUUAAAAAAAUGCAAAUUGCCAAAGCAAUUUCCCAAGUGAACUGGAGGGCACCACCCCCAGCUCACCCUGUCAAUUAUGUGGGGGGAGGGGAUGGUGGAUGGGGAGUGAAGAAAUUCCUCCAUGCACCAUGAGAAAUGAUCCCCUCAUUCUCCGUGAGUGUGCUGAGGCGCUGUGCGCUAAGAAAAUCUUCCCCCGGCUCAGUUUUUGCCUCCUACUGAUGCCUCAGGUUAUUGUGAGACCCAGGGUAGGGAUGCUAAGUGGGGCUGGAUCAUUGUGUGUCAGUUCAUUCAUUAUCUUAGACACGCACGCUCCUGCAAGAGGGCUUUUGUUUAUAAAGGAGUUGUGAGGUCCUGAGCCAAUUUUCAGCUCGUUGAAUCUUACAGAAACCAUUCUCUAAAGCAGCACCAUUUUGGGUGGCAUGGUGGCUCAGUGGUUAGCACUGCUGCUUCACCCCACCAGGGACCUGGGUUCAAUUCCAGCCUUGGACAACUGUCUGUGUGGAGUUUGCCCAUUCUCCCUGUGCCUGUGUAGGGUUUCCUCUGGGUGUUCUGGUUUCAUAGAGUCAUACAACACAUGAACAGACCUUUUGGUCCAACCAGUCUGUGCUGACCAUAAUCCCAAACUAAACUAGUCCCAUCUGCUUGGCCAUAUCCCUCCAAACAUUUCUUAUUCAUGUACUUAUCCAAAUGUCUCUUAAACUUUGUGACUGCACCUGCAUCCAUCACUUCCUCUGGAAGUUCAUUCCACACGUGAACCACUCACUAUGUAAAACAAUUGCCCUCCCACCUUAAAAAUACACCACCAGUCAUGAAAUCCCCCAACCUAGGGAACAGACACCUGCCAUUCACCUUAUCUAUGCCCCUCAUGAUUUUAUAAAUCUCUAUAAGGUUACUCCUCAGUCUCCUAUGCUCCAGUGAAAAAGAUCCCAGCCUCUCCUAUCCUCCCACAAUCCAAAGAUGUGCAGGUUAGGUGGAUUGGCCAUGGUUAAUAUGAGGAUAGGGGAUAGGGUUGGGUGUGGGUCUGAGUGGGAUGCUUUUCAGAGGGUUGGUGCAGACUCAGUGGGCUGAAUGGCCUCUUUAGGGAUCCUGUGAUCUUAUGUGAACAGAAUAGUAUAAUAAUUAUUUCACAGAAAUCUUUUCAUUGUAGUCGUAGAAGGCCAUUUAGGAUUGAGAUGAUGACAGAUUUUUUUCAGUCAGAGAAUGAUGAAUUCGCAACCAUAGAAGGCCAAGUCAUUGAGUCUAUUUAAGAAAAAGACAGAAGUUUUUUUUUAGAUUUUAAAGGAAUCUAAGGAUAUGUGGAGAAAGUGGCAAGUGAGAUAGAGAACCAGCCAAGAUCUGAUUGAAUUAUGGGCUAGGUUUGGAAGGCCGAAUGGCCUGCUCCUGCUCCAAGUUUCUGUGUUUUUAAUGACAUCAUUAGCUGACUACCAAUAUGGAAGGUGAGUGGGUUUUGCGGGGUUCGGUGGAGGACAGAUCUGGAAAGUCCUGAUUAGUGCCCUGCUAUAUCUACUUAUGCAUGAGGUGAUCUCCACCCUGCCCAGAAACAAGUGCAACUCUUGGUUAGAAAAUUUUAGACAAUCUUUUUCAACAAAUUAACUUACAGGAUGUGGGUGUUGCUGGCUGGGCCCAGCAUUUAUUGCCUGUCCCUAGUUGCCCCUUGAGAAGGUGGUGGUGAGCUGCCAUCACAUAGGCUGACCCACAAUGCUGUUAGGGAGGGAAUUCAAGGAUUCUGACCCAGUGACAGUGAAGGAACAGUAAUAUAUUUCCAAGUCAGGAUGGUGAGUGGCCUUGGAGGGGAACUUGCAGGGGGUGGUGUUCCCAUGUAUCUGCUGCCCUUGUCCUUCUAGAUGGCAGUGGUUGUUAAUUUGGAAGGUGCUGUCUGAGGAUCUUUGGUGAAUUUCCGCAGUGCAUCCUCUAGAUGGUACACACUGCUGCUACUGAGCAUCGGUGGUGGAGGGAGUGGAUGUUUGUGGAUGUGGUGCCAAUCAAGCGGGGGCUGCUUUGACCUGGAUGGUGUCAAGCACCUUGAGCUUUGUUGGGGCUGCACUCAUCCAGGGCAAGUGGGGAGUAUUCCAUCACACUCCUGACUUGUGCCUUGUAUAUGGUGGACAGGCUUUGGGGAGUCAGGAGAUGAGUUUGUCACUGAAGGAUUCCUAGCCUCUAUCCUGUUCUCGUAGGCAAUGGUAUUCAUAUGGCUAGUCCAGUUCAGUUUCUGAUCAAUGUUAACCACCAGGAUGGAUGUGGAUGGUAAUGUUGAGGUGGCAUGGUUAAAUUAUCCUUUUGGAGAUGGUCAUUGCCCACUACUUGUGUGAUGCAGAUGUGACUUGCGACCAGGUAAGGCAAGGGAACCUUUGUUGGAUGUAAGAGUCCUACAUAAACAUUGGCUAUACGGGCUCUCUCUCAUUCCUACUGAGAGCUGGUCCAUGGGACGGAGUUAGCUCUUGGCAUUCUGAGGCCACAGACCUCUCUGAUCGAGGUCACAUGCAUUGGAGGUGCUUCAGAAGAGAUUUGCUGGAAUGAGUGGGUUGUCUUAUGAGCAAAGUUUAGAUGGGUUGGACUUGUUGCUGCUAGAAUUUAGUAAAUUUGAUUGAAGUGUACAGGAUCUUGAAAAUCCUUGACAAGCUGGACUUAGAGUGGCUCAGUAGUUAGCACUGCUGCCUCAGAGGGCCAGGGGCCUGGGUUUGAUUCCACUGUUGGGGGAGCUGUCUGUGUGGGGUUUGCAUGUUUUAUCUGUGUCCACAUGGGUUUCCUCCUGCAGAUUAGGUGGUUUGGCCGUGCUAAAUUGCCCAUUGUAUUUGAUUUGAUUUAUUGUAGUCACAUGUACCUAAGUACAGUGAAAAGUUUUGUUUUGCGAGCAGUACAGGCAGAUCAUAGCAAACAAGGACAUACAGGUCUUAGGGUGCUUAGGCAGAGUGAGGCAUACGAAGUAGUAUUCAGGAUUGUGCAGGCUGGUUGGUUCAGCCAUGGGAAAUGCAGGGAUAGGGCUGAGGGUUGGGUCUGGGCCAGAUACUCUUCAAAGGGUCAGUGUGGACUCAAUGGGCCAAAUAGCCUACCUCCACACUGCAGGGAUUCUGCGACUUGGAGAGGUCCAGACCUAAGUGGGCAGAGUUUUAAAAUUUAAGGGUCGCCUUUUUGGUUGAGGAGAAUUUUAUUUUCCCUGAGAAUCAUUGCAAUUCUGGAAUGCUCUGCCUUAGAAUAUUCUGGAACUGUGUCAAUGAUUCUACCUCCACCUUAAAAAUAUUAUGUUUUCCGUAGUGUUUUCGGGGAGAACAUGAAAUUUGAAACACAAGCAGAUCAACCAUGACCUAAUUAAAUGGUGGAGCAGGUUUGAGGGGCCAAAUGGCCUGCUUCUGACUCUAUUUCGACGGCUGUGUUGCAUUUCCAUCCACAAUUAAGGCCACAAUUGCAAGGACUAGUGUCCUGAAAUGCACCUGGGAACUGUCGGUACCAAGACUGGGUAACUUUUCCUGGGAAAGAGUUUCAGUUCCUUCCACCAUUUCCUCACCUCGACAACCAUCAUGAUCUUGCUUUUAUCUAAACCACACUGAAAAUGAUCACGCGUCAGUAAAUAACAACAAGCUUGCAGGAGAGACUAGAACUAGGAAAAAAAUAAGGGGGUGGUGGUGUUAGGCAUUUCAGACAGAGGUAAGGAAAAUUAUUUUGUCUGCAAGGAUGGUGAACCUGUGGAAUUCUGUCCCCCAAACAGCAGAGGGGUUAGGGUCCUUGAAUAUUUUCAAAGCGGAGGUAGAUCGAUAAAGGAUAUCGGGAGGAGGUGUAGGAGGGAAAGUAGACUUGGGGCCACAAUCAGACCAGACCUGACCUUAUCAAGCAGUGGAACAGUUGCUGAAUGACCCAGUCCUGAUCCUAAUUCAUAUGCUCAUAACUGUCGUUGAAUUAACAAGGAUAUCAGAUUUACGAAGAAAUGCCUUAACAUGGUCUGUAGUCUGUCAAAGAUGCAAAAACAAAUCCUGUCGUUAUUUCCCAAACUCUGACCCACAUCUACUUCCUGCACUGCUGUCCUGCCCGUUCUUAUUAAAUGCGACUGGUAUCCUUUCAAAACUCAAAACCAAAACAAUCCCAAAUUCUGUUUCUCCACUCUGUGUUCUCCUCAGUGGAGGAGAGGACACAUUUGGUGACUUUCACACUACCAAGAUGCAAAUCUCCAUUGUCCCUCACUUUUCCAAGCUCCCCUCUAUAUGCUUUUAUCUGUCAGAGGCAGGGAGGUUGGUUAGCUAAGUUGGCUGGACAGCUGGUUUGUAACGCUGAGUAACACCAACAGCAUGGGCUUUGCUCCCACACCAACUCAGAUUCCCAAUGAAGGACUCACACCCUCCCCUUGCUGGGGCUGUGGGCAGCCUCGGGUUAAAUUUACCAGCAGUUGUCCCCUCUUUCAAAUGAGUGCCUUUGCCUUAUAUAUAUGCGUUUAAACAUCACCAAGGUCACAAUAAACCAUGACAUUUUCAUCUAUGAACGAUAGAGCUGUACCAAUCCACAAAUCAAAACAGAUUCACAGUACAGCAAACAUUUUAUUAUCCGGCACCUAGGGGAGCAGGAGUGUGGCGGAUAAUCUAAUAUUCCAGUUGAUCAAGCGGUCCACAAAAUCAAUGUGAAAACACGAACUAAGUAAUGGAAAUAUAAUGCAGGGGAUAUACACGUCACGGUUACAGCAUAAAUCACUUAAAUAAGAAAUGCAACUUUGCCUUAAAUAAAACUUAACGGCAGACAGCCAUCUCAAUUGCACCCACAAUUGAGAUCGCAGAUAAUACGUUAAACUUCCGGUAUUUAGGCGUUACUGCCAGUUUGUCGAGAGGGCCUGCUCGUUUAAGGUGCCGGUUAAAACAAAGUUCGCUGUAUUUCCAUUCAUGUGAAAGGUCGAACAGGAUUAAGCCUUGUGAAUGAAUUGUCAGGUUUUCCUGAGAAAGAUAAGCUUGCAAAACUACUACAAGGAUGAGAGAUGGAGGUCUUGUGCUAACUCUGGACGUGACCCCAGGCUGCCAGUAAAACAUAGCUCAGGGAUCUCUGUAACACCGCGCCUCCCGCCCCCACCCCCACCCCAAGUUCCUGCAGCACUUGUUUACCAAAGGAAAACAUGGUCCCAAUAAGAAUUCAACAAGGUGCAGAGACAAAGGCACAGUGAAAGGUAUUUCCUUUUCAACAAGUCCCAGGGCUCAUUAACCUUGAGGUAUUUCACCUUUCUACCUGUGAGAUGGAAAGCCAGGUUGGUAUAACCCUCACCCUGUCACAUCUGGUCAUGGAUUUGGUAAGCUAAGUGAAUUCUUGUGCCAAUGUGCAAAGUAUAUAUUGGAAUCAAUAUCACACUUGUCAUCAUCUAUUGUUCUAUUUAUUGUGCGUGUGUUUUAAAAAUAAAACAAGUUAU